UUGCAAAGUGGUAACAAGUAACAACAUCCACCGAGAGUCAUGUCACUGUACGGAACUUCAACCCUUUUCUCCUUUGCAGCUUGCACAAAAUUCAUGUCAUGAACCCGAUUCUCCACAUGACAACACAAUUGAAUCUCAACCGUGCAAUUUAUUCAAACUGAAAUUUCAACCAUCGAUCUCUUCUCUCUUCUCACACUUUAUCACCCCAAAAUAGUCGUGAAUCAUCACAAAAUAAUUACGAAUUUCAGUUACAUAUUCACAAAGACCAUUUUGUUCUCACUCCUAGCCAGCAAAAUUAAAAUAAAUCUCCAAAUUUACUUUUUAUUUAUUGUUUUCAGUCUUUUAUUAAAUUUUCCAAACUUUUUUCUUGUUCAUCUAUAAAUCUCUUGUGAAAUUUUCGUGCUUUUGAAUGAAAAAUGAUAGUCCAGUCUCAGAUCUCACGACAGACUCCUCAAAACUACCGCCAUCCAUCUUAUUUGCCUGAAAAUCCGGCCGUGUUCUCCCAACUCCCAACAUUUAACGGUCAUCCGCCGUGUCCAAUGAAUUAUCCGGGUCGGAUAAAAUGGAACGGAAGCAAACCCGAAAGAGCUCGCAUGGACCAUAACCUAUCGGGUCCGGGUUGUCCGUUUGGAAACCCGAAUGGUUCAUCUGGUAAAGUUCGCCGGUUUAACUAUCCAAAGAGGAGGUUCAACGGCGGUGGUCGUCCCUCCGCCCCGUUCGCGCCACGCAACACGACUUCGUUCUUAAUCCGCGCGAAGAAGACAGGUGGCAUAGCUUCCUUGGUGUCACCCUGUGCGCUGACGCCGGCGAUCUUAACAACGCCGUCGCUAUCGCCGUCGACGGAGGUGGUUGUGGAGAUGGCAAAGGAAAAGUGGGGAGUUGACGGAUAUGGCACAAUGAAAGGUCUAAUCCGUCUCAGGUCAGGAAAGGAAAACUCCGGCGAAAACAAUGGCGGUGGGGUUUUGGAGGUUGAGAAGAGAUUGAACAAUGAUUUGAGCAGGUUUGAGAUGAUAUAUCCAAGUUCAGGUGAUGAACAUAGUUUAGAGAAUAGAGUUGAUGAGCAAGAUUUGCAAAUCACACAUCUUGAAGAACAGAAUCUAUCCUUUAAGGAAAGAAUUUUUCUCAUGGAAAGGGAAUUGAGUGAUUUGAGGCAGCGUGUUGUAUGCUUGGAGACCGAGGGAAAUGGCGCUGGUGAUCGUGAGUCUGAGAAUUUCAACGGCAUAGAUGUUUGCUCGGAGAAGAGCGUCGGAAAUGGUGAUCACUGAUGAACAUUAUGGUAGAUAGAACUGUGUUUGACUAAUCCAAGUGAAAUUAGUUAAUGUUUGAAAUUGCGAUGGUUUUGAUGAAGUUAAAUUGACACCGUGAUUUGAUUGAACCGUUAUCUUUGUCAAUCUCACUGCCAAUUGAAACAUACAUUGAAUCACUAAAAUGUUCAGUUUACUUCAUUGUUUCUUGGGCUGCAAGUAUCUUAUGAGAAGAGUUUGAUGGAUUUUGCUGUAAUAUCCUAAAUGAUUAUAGAUAUAUUUUUUUGGUUAUAGGUUGAUAAAUUUAACGUCAUAGCUUAGUUUAGCAUGCUAUCUUUUGUAAACUAGCUUUAUGGAUGUUGUAUUUUUCUGGGUUUAGUUGGUAAUUAGGACCUUCAAACAAUGGUGAAUAAGAAUUGGAGGAUGCUAUGCUCUUUUUGAUAGGAUAAUCUAGCAUACUUGUUUUGUUUGA